UGACUAUUGGAAGUGGAUACAGUUACUUGUUUUAUUCUUGGUCACACAGAUAACUAGAGCGGGUAGGUGUCUGUGUCUACUUAAUGGUUUACACGAGCCAUGCAUGGAGCCAGCCAAGAAAGAGAGGAAUGGAUCGGAUCACCAUGUUCCUCCUGGCAGCUACUCUCGCUGCUGUGAGAUGCGGCUGUGAUGCUAAUUACUCCAGAAACGAUUUCCCUCGCGACUUCGCUUUCGGAUCCGGCACUUCUGCUUAUCAGUGGGAAGGAGCUUAUAAUGAAGAUGGGAAAAAGCCUAGCGUCUGGGAUACUUAUGUUCACUCUCGUAACUUAGAUAAUGGAGACAUAACUUGUGAUGGGUAUCACAAGUACAAGGAAGAUGUGCAGCUGAUGGUGGAAACUGGCUUAGAUGCAUUCAGAUUCUCCAUCUCUUGGUCUAGGCUUAUACCCAAUGGAAGAGGUCCUGUUAACCCAAAAGGUCUACAGUUCUACAAGAACUUCAUACAUGAACUUGUAUCCCACGGAAUUGAACCACAUGUUACACUGUACCAUUACGACCAUCCCCAGUCUCUGGAAGAUGAGUAUGGAGGAUGGCUCAACCGCAAAAUUAUCAAAGACUUUACUGCUUACGCAGAUGUUUGCUUCAGAGAGUUUGGGAACCACGUCAAACUCUGGACGACGAUCAAUGAGGCUAAUAUAUUCACUAUUGGAGGUUACGACGGUGGGGGCACACCACCUGGUCGUUGUUCCACAUGCUCGUCAGGCAACUCUUCCACUGAACCAUACAUCGUAGCACAUAACUUGCUGCUUGCGCACGCCUCUGCUUCAAGGCUAUACAAGCAAAAGUACAAGGAUACGCAAGGAGGUUCUGUAGGCUUCAGCAUAUUUGCAAUAGGAUUUAGACCUUCUACAAACUCCAAUGAUGAUGAAUUGGCAAUUCAAAGAUUCAAAGAUUUCUUCUUCGCCUGGAUGCUUGGGCCACUUACAUAUGGAGACUAUCCGGAUGGAAUGAAAAGAAAAAUUGGAACAAGGCUGCCUGUUUUCUCAGAGGAAGAAUCAGAACUAGUUAAAGGCUCAUCUGACUUUGUAGGAGUCAUUCACUAUCUUGCUGCUUCUGUCUCAGACUCCCAAUCCAAACCUUUUCUUCCAGGAGACUCCAAAUUCUUUGCAGACAUGGGCGUAUUAUUGACUUACGUUGGGAAUUUCACUGCCUUUGAGUAUGAAAUUGCUCCAUGGGCUAUGGAAGGUGUGCUGGAAUAUAUAAAGCAGAGCUAUGGCAAUCCUCCUGUCUACAUUCUUGAGAAUGGUAAACCGAUGAAGCAAGAUUUGCAGCUGCAGCAGGAGGACACACCAAGGAUUGAGUUCGUACACGCUUACAUGGGUGCUGUCCUCAAAGCCGUUAGGAAUGGAUCAGACACGAGAGGCUACUUCGUGUGGUCAUUUAUGGACCUGUAUGAGUUGCUGAGUGGAUACGGGUAUAGUUUUGGAAUUUACUCUGUGAAUUUCAGUGAUCCUCAUCGCAAGAGAUCUCCAAAACUCUCUGCACAUUGGUACUCUGCAUUUCUCAAGGGAAACACCACCUUUCUUGAUUCCCAAGACAUCAUGCAAUUGCAGAGCAACUUGUCUUCUUCAGCCACUUCCUUGUAGACUUAGGACUGGUCCUGGGCAAACAAUUUAGUAAAAAUAUCAAUAAUACUGGGAAUGAUUUAAGUAGCUCGCGUGAUUUUGACUAUAAUGGGAAUGCUGUUUUUCACAUUUACAUAAAGUCUGUUUGUUUUUAUUGAA